GAAAUCAGAAUUCGAUCCGCUACCAACUUUGCGUUGCGCGAGUUUAGCUAAGAUGGCGGAGGAAACAGUUUACUGUCUCUGUCGGCAGCCCUACGAUGAAACCCGAUUUAUGAUAGAAUGCGAUGUCUGCAAGGACUGGUUUCAUGGCAGUUGUGUUGGAAUUCAAGAGCACCAGGCUUCUGAUAUAGAAAUAUAUCAUUGUCCGAGCUGUCAGGUGAGACAUGGGCCUCUUGUCGUCAAGAAGAGGAAGAACUGGCAUCGCCAUGACUACUCUGAAAACGUUGACCAAGAUGACGAUAAUGGCAUGUUUGACAAGAUUGAUUUUGUUGACCCCCAGGAAAUCCUUCAUGAGAAAAAGGAGGUGCAGACUGGUACUGUUGUCUUCAUUAAAGAGUUGAAGAACAGGACGUUUCCAAGUGGUGAUGAAAUACCGAUGCUGAGAUUGCACGGCAGCCAACUAACAACAGAGUUUAUUGAGAAGAAUGGAUUCAAUUUACCGAUUAUGGUUGAGAAGAAAGAUGGUCUAGGAAUGAGUGUCCCGCCAUCUAGCUUCUCCAUUCAGGAUGUCGAGAAUUACGUUGGUUCCAUGAAGGAGAUUGACGUGAUUGAUGUGAGCCGACAAGAGGAGUAUAAGAUGUUGAUGAGAGAAUGGACAGAUUAUUACAACAGCCCAAACAGAAACAAGAUAUUUAAUGUCAUCAGCCUGGAAUUCUCACAAACUAGAUUAUCUGAAUUCGUGGAGGUUCCCAUGAUAGUGCGUCGCUUGAGUUGGGUUCAUAACCUAUGGCCUGAGCAGCUUCCAGAGGAGUGUCACUUCACCAAGACAGAAGUGCAGAAGUAUUGCUUGAUGGGCGUCAAAGAUAGCUUCACAGAUUUCCAUAUAGACUUUGGUGGUACCUCGGUUUGGUAUCAUGUCUUGAGGGGUGAAAAGAUCUUCUACCUGAUCCAGCCCACACCAGCCAACCUCACCCUCUACCAACAGUGGUGCAACUCCUACAACCAGAGUGAGACGUUCUUUGGUGACCAGGUUGACAAAUGCUAUAGAAUUGUCGCCAAGCAGGGCCAAACGAUAUUUCUCCCAACAGGUUGGAUCCAUGCAGUAUUUACACCGAUCGACUCUCUCGUCUUCGGUGGUAACUUCCUUCAUAGCUAUAAUAUUGGACUACAACUAGCAGUGUAUGAGAUAGAGCGGACAAUAAAGACGGCAGAGAAAUACCUAUUCCCAAACUUUGAGACAGUGAAUUGGUAUGCAGCUAAACACAUCCUUGAGAUUCUGAAAGAACAUGUUGAAGAGAAUGUGUGGAGCCCUGCCUACCUGGUCCACGGUGCCAAAGCUCUCACUAAUCAUCUCAAAGUGUGGCUCCAACGAAAGGAUGGAGCCCCCCAGCUGAUAUAUGUAAAGAGUCAGCGAAGUCACUGUCCUGAACCGUUGAUGUACAGUCGGAUACUUAAAGAACUCACAAAAACAGUCAAAAAUAUUAAUGUAAAGGUUCCAACUCCACAGAAGGAAACCAGAGGGCGCAAACAGCAAAAAGAGAAUCAACCGUUGGAUUAUGAAUCUGACCAAUCACCUCCGCGACCACCAGUGUCGCCGCGGAAACGGAAGAAAGCUAACGAAUCUCCUCUCAAGAAGAAUGACAAUGAUCAGAAAGUGUCGCCACCUAAAAAGUCUUCCUUGGAUACGCUUGACGAUAUCUUUGAUUCUGUUAUGGCGCGUACUUCCUCGCCUGGUUUAAGUUUUGAUAGUGAUCCAAAUGAUGAUUUAAUCGAUUACGAGUUGGUGGAGGAACCGUCACCAAAAUCUCGGCGGAAACGAAAAAAGGCAGAACCAGAUCAGAAAAAUGUUUAUGAGUUUGACGCUGAUCACCAAUCAUUACUGCGUUCACCUGUUAGAAGGGGGCGCUCGGGUCGAACUGAGUCUGAAACAGACAAUACACUGCCACAGGCUAAUACAAGGUCACAGUCAAAGUCAGCACAGAAAAGUUUCAAGGUUAAAAUCGAGAAAGGGCCAUCUGGGUUUAAGGUGGAUAAGGGGGGUACUGGGAAGGGGCCUGCUAAGUCAGGGGGGAAGAAAACACGCAAAGGGAGUUCAGCCACGUUUCAAGAGGACAAGGACGGGCCUAAGGUCAAGGUUGAAAAGAUUGAGCGGGAAUUCACGUUUGAGUUUCAUGACGAGGAGGAGUUGGUGACGGAUAAUCAGAGAUCGGUUGGGAAGAAAUCAAAGGCAGCUACGAAGGCACCGAAGGGUCGGCAGAAGAAGACUAAGGUGACUGAGGAACGACAGGGUGCUGAGGGUAAAGGCUCUCUCAAGAUGCGACUACCUAAGCCAGGCUUGUAUGUGAAUGAAGAGUCAGCCGAGCAGAAAGAAACCAGUGCAGCUACGCCAAGUGCCAUCAAACUCAAAGUGUCCAAUGGAAAGAUUGUCAGCGGUGGUCAGACGAAAUCUCCUAGUCCCGGUAAAUUCCAUCCUUUUGACUUCAAAGAUGAUUCAGAUUCUGAUGAGGAUCAGCUCGUCGUUGAUGAGACUCCAAAGAAACGAGCACCGCCUCCUUCGAAGCCAAUGACACCGUUUCAACAGGCACACGAAGCACGCACAGGUGGACUCAAACUCAAGUUAACAAUUCCUCCUCGGACAGCAGCUUCAAGGUCAAAGACUGAAAGUUCCAGCAGUCAAGAUAUCACAUCUCAGGAAAGUCAAGAUUCCUCCAUCGAUGCAUCUCUGAGUGAGCCCGAGCUCGAUGAAGACGGCAUCCCCAAGUCACGGUUAGACAUGCCAGAGAUACGCGGUGGACUCAAUGGCAGUAUUGCUGAUAUACUUGAAGCGAGUGGUUAUGGCACAGAGACGGAUUUUAAGAUUGAUGAGAAUUUAGGAUCACCAAGUAUGAGAGACGCCAUUGGUGGCCUCCUCUCGAUGCGUCUCGGUGGCUUCCAGCAGGUGAAAGGUCGCUCCGGUUCGCCCCUCGCUGACCUCGCACGACCUAAAGGUACCAUCAAGCUACAGCGGAUGAGGAAGACGAUGCUGAGUGAUGAUACAGGAGAGAAGAUGCAGACCUGCUUUAAAGAUGAGGAAUACGUGUAUCCAACAUUGGACAUCUCAGACGAUGAAGGUGAACAUGUGUUCAAACCACGGGGAAGACAGAGGAAAGAUGAGACUUGGAACCCUAAAGCUAAACUGGAGCCGAACUGUCCGAAACCUGAACGAGAGCCACGUGAAGGGACCAAGAAAGAGGCUGUUGAGAGUGGGUUAGCAGCGGCUGCUGCGGCUUUAGCUGAUAAACCGGCUCCAAAGCGACAGUACAUCAGAAAGAAACCCAAGUUAGAGAAGCCAUCACAACUCCUCGUCGCUAUCCCGUCGUCACCGUUUGACUUCGAGCCUCAGCCAGGCACAUCAGCAUCCAGUAUUAGUCUCUCUGGUAGUGCAUCAAGUGACAUAAUGAGUGCUGGCCUCGACUCAUCACUAAAUAAUCCCAAGACUCCGACCAGCCCAGCAAAAGCAGCGUGUAAGAAGCCUCGCAAGGGAAUGGCAACAGCAAAGCAGCGGCUCGGCAAGAUCCUCAAAAUCCACAAAAUGAUGCAUUAAAAACUUGAAGAUGGGAUGGUAACUUUGUUUGACCAGCAGCUCCAAGUGCAUCAUAUCCUGGGCAUUAUCCCCAGAGCUUCACUGCCAUAAUAUCUUCCAUUUGCCAGUCAGGUUUCAGUAUUUUCAUGCUGCUACACAAGAGAGAUACUCUUGAGCAAAAAACCAAACUGCUGCCAGUUUCUUAAUUUCAAUAUGCACAGUGAAAGUUUCGUUUGGACUUAUUUCAAUGCUUAAAAGCCAUAAAAAUAUGUAAAAGCGAUUGGCCGACAAUUGAGAUCACUCUGUGGGUUCAAUACAGUUUAUAGGCAGCAAUUAAAGAUGUCAUGAAAUGACAGGGACACUGCAGAAAGUUCGACAACCUAUAGUGACAUAUUCUCUUCUGGCACCGGUGUGAAAUGUUAGUAGUAUUUAUUAUCUGUAGUAAACAAGUUAUCUGUAGGCAAUCUUAUUGUACAGUUGUUUGUGUUUAUUGAUCCAUGCCUACCUAUUCAAAAUAUUCCUCACCAACUUCUAUAAGAGGCCAGUGAGGUUUCAAGCAAACCCAUCAUCUGCAUAAUUACUCUAUUGCUGUGCAAUUGUUGACCCACACCUCAAGACCUCUUGGACUUGUUGGUAAUUAUGUAUACCUCAUCUAUGAUAAGUGUUUGUAAAGUAUUAGUGAUGUCAAGGUAUUUUUGGUAUUUUGUCAUAAGAUAUCCAUGUCUUGAUGCCCUUGUACAUGUAUGUGUAGUUCUAAGCAGGGAGCGUUUUAUAAAGAUCUGAAAACCAGUCUUCAUUAUUUCCCUUCUUCCUGUUAUAUGAACAUAAUUCUGGUUGUUUGUAAUCCUAUUUAUUUUAGUAAUAAUAGUGUGUAGAAUUUGUAAAUACGGAGUCUCUAGUAUGUGCUGGUCAUCCCUCCGCCUAUGGUAAGAUAAUCAAGUCCAAUCAAAAGAUGAGUGUUGAGUACUGCAUUAGCAUCUACCUCUACACUCACCAGAUAUUGUAGGUUGUAUCUUCUGGUCCUGCUCAUUCUUGGCUCAACCAGUGUGUAUGAUCUCAUCAACCAAUUUUCAGAUGAACGAACUUAAAUUGUUGACUCUUUGAACAACUUGGGCUAGAUGUGCCAUUUGUAGAUAUUGCAUUUUGUAGUUUUGGGAAUGAUAAAAUGGAUGAAGGAUAUAUUGGAAUAGUGUAUUAUGGCUUUCUCGUGUGUUGAUGGGAGCUUAUCUUGAGCCUUGAGGUGAGACUUUGGACGGCGAGAGGAUGGCCCAGUAAUUCAAUGAAGUGGUAUUGUCGAGAUUAUGAUAGAAGUUCAUUAGUGAAGUUAGGUAAUUAAUGAGCAGUAUCACGAAUAGUGUACAUGUGGUGAACUUAAUUCUUAGCAGUUGGUUCAUCACUUUUUGCAGUAUCUGCCAUUUGAUGUACUAGAAUUAUGUACAAGUUGUACUGUAAUUGAAAAGUAAUUAAGUAUUGAUUACUGAGGUAAUUGAGUAAAUUUAAGCAUUGAUUACAAAGUAACUUUUGUCUACGCGGUUCUAAUUAAAACCACGCAGUAUACUCGUAUCCACUGCAAUAUUGUAACAUUUUCUAAAGAUUUGGAAUAUUUGAGAUAUUUUAUAAAAGUUGCAUAAACGACUUGGUUUUAUCACAAGAGCCUUAUGUAAAUACCUGUCACAUUGUACAGUGUAGUCCUUCAG